AUUGUCAAUAGCAAACAAAUCGCAACCAACUUGAAGCACUGCAAACCACCUUCAAGUUUACAGACCCCCUCGAAGCACUUCCAGCCAGUCAUUGCGCGAACGGCGCGGCGUGCACGCGUCAUUCAUCCGGAGCCUCAAGGUCGAUGACGAAGCGAGGGUGAAGCCCCCUGUUGAUUCAGUUUGCAAACUAACUUUGUGAUGAUGUAUUGAGCAGAGAAACAUCGCAAAUUAAGUCACGAGAAAGAGAGAAGUACGAAGCACCUGGACUAAGUUAACGAGACCAACAUCAACAUCGCGCGGUUGAACUACUUGGUAGAUCUGCUCGAGUGGAACACUGAAUGUGAAAUGAGCUGAGUGCUUCAGAAUGUUCCGCAAAUGAUGACAACAGCGCCGUGCGGAGCAAAUUUCGACGAAUUAUCAUCCUGAUGUUAAUAAGUUGAUCAGAAAACAACGGCGAAGCUCCAACCAAGAUACACACGCCUCAUGAGUGCAAUUUAAACAUCACAACCGUUCGCCAGUGUGGUAGCGAGAACAGAUUAAGAAACAAAAAAUAACCUGUACGGAUACACCCAUCUUGACGGUGUGGGGUUUCGUAACGGAGUGCGCAGCAAGAAGAAAAAGUGCAAACUGGUGACCUAAAGUUUUUUGCAAGGUGGUGAAGUCAUUGGCUAUAAGUGCUUGCGGUGAAGAUGUCUUACGGCGCCGGGUACGCCACAACCGGUCGAACGGCCAGCACCAGUUCGAUCUACGACUAUCCGGAACAUCUGAAUCCGUUCUACGAAGAUGAGAACCACAAGCGAUUACGGUUCUGGAACUUUGGCAGUAUGCGGCGCGAUAAACCCCGCUCGGAACGGCGCGGCAGUUUGGUCAGCUUGAGAGAUGGCCUCCGAAAUAUGUGGACAUUUCGUCCGAUGAAGAAACGCUCGUCAUCGCUCGGUAUCAACAAGACAUCGGAGAGCCCACCGCCGCUGCGGCGAGACGAUCCAGACCUGCACUACCACACCUUCAACAGCAGUAUGGCGUCGGGCUAUCGGAACACGCUCAACAGCACCGUCUCUGGAUACCACCAUCCCGGCCACUCGCAGUCCACCUCCAACACGCCGCUUUUCCCACGAAAUUCACGUGAACGCAGCUCGCUGCAAUCGGGAACCAUCGGAAUGAACAACGACAUUGGUUUCAAUAGAAACGAUCGCUACCGGAGCACAUUUGCCAACGGCUCAGCGACUUAUGGUGGCGGAACUAUGUUCACCUCAACACCACGAUCGCGAUACGGCGUGCAACAGCAACGCGGAAUGUCCAAUGGGGUUUCUCAAGCUAGUCUCAAAAGCUCAAAUCCGUUCGAUGACGAGGGAAUAGAUGACAGCAUUUCGCUGAAUGAUAGUGUGAACGGCGCCAAUGGAACAUUUACACGACGCAAGAAGCGUAGAGCUCCACCACCUCCGGUUCGGAAUAUUGCAAACAUCUCUGUCGACCCUUCCGAUACGGUGCUUGCCACGCGGUUGAGAAUUGAAGAAACGCCUCCUGUGGAGAACCAGGAAGAUGUGAAAAACCUUUCCAAUUUAACAGCUGAAAUUGAAUCGUUUGUACGUAGUAGCUCUGACGAUAAGGUCAACCAAGAAAAACCCGAGCGGACCAGUCGUGUUGAGGAGCCAAUACCGCCAAGUGAUAGCAACAAUAAUCACGUGCAAGAGCUUGUGAUUGUUGAAAGAAAAACGGAAGUUGUUGAAGAGGUGAGCCCAACGCAUAAGAAUACAGAAGAACGUCUUGAACUCCGCGUGGAAGUUAAAGAGGUAACACCUGAAGAAAGAACCAGCGAUAACAUUGAUAUACCUGAACCUGUAGAGCAAAUGUCGCAACUAGAAAGUCUCAAACUAGAAGAAGAACCGAGACCAAUAACUCCGCCUCAUCCCAUACCUCGGGCCAAGCCCACACCUCCACCAAUUCCGCAGACACCUCCUACCGUUGAACCGGUAGACCUGGAAAACGUUGCACUUCCAGAAACGCCUAUCCCGGCCAGGCGUCUAAACAAGAAUCGCAACCAAGUACCAACAAAUGGGACCGAACUUCGAAUAACCGAAUCGUCAGAUUCAGCCACCACAAGCACGGCUGAAGAAGAGGAAAACAUGGAGUUCAAAGCAGCCAAGCCCAUCAACUACGAGUUUAAAUACAAGGUUGAACCUAUCAAAACAGAAAUCGAUGAAAAGAUUAACACAGCCCGUCUCAAAAUUAGCGAAUCUACCGGCGACAUCGAAUCCCUGCAAAAUUCCGGCACGGAACGGAGACGUUCCGUUCGGGACAUCAUCGAAUCUAUCAACAAAAGUCAGAGUCUGCUCAAGUUCAACCAGGAAUCAUCGGGAACUCUGUACUCUGCUCAGUCGAAUGAUAGCGUCAAUCGUAACCUGAGACAACUGAACGAUAGCGAAAAAGAGAUUCAACGAAUGCUCCACGAGAUGGAAACUAAGUACACCGGAAACGGACAAACCCAGCCUCGUAAAUGGUCCCUCACGCCGCCAAUGACAAAUCGCAGCUCGUACUACGACAACGUUCCGGAAGGGGACGAAAACCUGGACAACCUUGACGAUCGCAACAACCUUCUCAGCAAAUCGGCUCUGCGGUCCAAGAAAAGUCCAACCAAGUCACUGGGAAUCGAGCAGACCGACAAUGCGCAGUUUCAGGACUGCAUCGACUGGAACCCGUUGCCCAAGCCACGGCGCAGUCGGCAUUUCGCCGACACUCAAGUCAAUCAGUCAACGUCAGGCACGGGAGAUGUUUUGACGGUUAUCGAUCAAAAUAAUAAUAGCAACGGAAAGCAGAGCUGAAUGCUGAAUGGGAAGUUUGCCGGUGCUUUCGAUGAGCAAACUAUAACUUACAUUAGGAAUUAUUUAUUCAAUAAAUAUUGAUGUAUGGUAUCACCAUCGCUAAACAUCAUCAGGUCCAGAAAUAGUGUUGCUUGUCGUAUAGUAGCGAAGAUGGUGUAAAUUAUUGAUCACCUUCAAAGUUGUUUCAAAUAAAUGAGUAGAUUUUAAAAAAGA